AUUAGAUCAAAUAUCUAAAUUCACUCUUAUUCGUAUUUAGUUCUAUGCCAUGCAAUUUUCUGCCUGUAACCCCUGCCCCAAACCCGAAAAUCAAACCAUGCGGGUUCCAAUUACAAGAGGCCCGGCCGACCCGGCCCUUAAUUGGUUUAUCUAUAAGUAAUUAUAAUCAUCUUUUAGAAAGUACAAAUUCUCAAUUGACGGUUCUCUCCCGCCAUGACUACACUCCCUAUCCUCUUCCCUUCACUUUCCAUUUCCUCCAAUACCAAUAACUCUUAUAAACAAAAAACCCUACCAUUCUGCUCUCCCAAAUCACUUCAUAAAAAUCCGUACACUUCCAGAUCUUCUAGAAUCUUCUACAAGUUCCCAAGCUCAGUGUUCCCAACGGAAUCGCAAGACGAAGACGAUGACAACGAUGAUGAAGCAGCAGCAGAAGAGUAUGGCAUAGUUUCUAAUGAAGUAGUGAGUACUUCUAUAUCAAAGUCAUUGAAAGUUGGUGAUGGAUUUAUUAAUGACAACGAAGACGAAGAUGAGGGAGAUGAUGAAGAUGACGAUGAUAAUGACGAUGUUGAUGAUGAUGAUGAAGAGGAGGAAGUGUAUUACGUUGAAUCGGAUGGAGGUGAAGAGAGUGAAGAUGAAGAAUAUGAAGUAGAGAGUACUGAUAAAGUGUUGAACGUUGAGGAAUCGAAAAAGCAGAGAGUUGAUAAUCUUCGGAUUGAUGUUAGAGAGUUUGGUCAUGGAAUUAUUGAUGCUAAUGAACUUGCUUCUAUUUAUCCUUUUCGAAUUGACAAAUUUCAGCGAUUGUCGAUUCAAGCUUUUUUGAGAGGUUCAUCUGUUGUGGUGUCUGCGCCUACUAGUAGCGGCAAAACUUUGAUUGCUGAAGCUGCUGCAGUUGCUACUGUAGCAAGAGGAAGGAGAAUAUUCUAUACUACUCCUCUGAAAGCUUUAUCCAAUCAGAAAUUUCGAGAAUUUUGUGAGACAUUUGGUGAAAGUAAUGUGGGACUUCUCACUGGAGAUUCAGCUGUUAAUAGAGAUGCUCAGGUUUUAAUUAUGACAACUGAGAUUUUGCGAAAUAUGCUAUACCAGAGCGUAGGGCUUGCUUCCUCAGAUGGUGGUCUUCUUCAUGUUGAUGUAAUUGUUUUGGAUGAAGUACACUAUUUAAGUGACAUAUCUCGGGGUACUGUUUGGGAAGAAAUAGUUAUUUAUUGCCCAAAGGAUGUUCAACUUAUAUGUCUCUCAGCGACUGUUGCUAAUCCAGAUGAGUUGGCUGGAUGGAUUGGCCAGAUUCAUGGUAGGACGGAGUUGGUAACAUCAACCAAGCGUCCAGUUCCGUUGACUUGGCACUUCUCCACAAAGACAGCUUUAUUACCUCUUCUUGAUAACAAAGGAACAAGCAUGAAUAGGAAGCUGUCACUCAACUACUUACAGUAUGAUGAAUUCGGAAGUGAACUAAGAAGAAAAUCAAGAAGGCGUGAAAAUGAUGUUCGUCCCCUUUCAAAGAAUGAUAUAAGUAAUAUUCGCCGUUCACAGGUACCACAAAUUAUAGACACACUGUGGCAUCUAAAGGCAAAGGAUAUGCUUCCAGCAGUUUGGUUCAUCUUUAGCAGGAAAGGAUGUGAUGCAGCUGUCCAAUAUCUUGAAGACUGCAGGUUACUGGAUGAGUGUGAAACGAGUGAAGUUGAACUGGCACUCAAGAGGUUCCGUAUUAAAUACCCUGACGCUGUGCGUGUAUCUGCAGUGAAAGGCCUCCGCCGAGGAGUGGCUUCACAUCAUGCUGGCUGUCUCCCCCUUUGGAAAUCAUUCAUUGAAGAGUUAUUUCAGCGAGGUCUAGUAAAGGUUGUCUUUGCUACUGAAACACUUGCUGCUGGCCUCAAUAUGCCUGCCAGAACAGCUGUCAUUUCAUCUCUCAGCAAAAGGGGUGAUAGUGGACGAAUUCAGUUAAAGUCAAAUGAGUUAUUCCAAAUGGCUGGUCGUGCAGGUCGUAGAGGUAUUGAUGAAAAGGGUCACGUGGUUCUUGUUCAGACUCCGUAUGAAGGGCCUGAGGAUUGCUGCAAAAUUCUUUUUUCUGGGCUGCAACCUCUUGUUUCACAAUUUACCGCCUCGUAUGGAAUGGUACUUAAUCUCGUAGCGGGGUCCAAAGUUACCCGGAGAUCAACUGAGUUAGAUGAAAUAAAAGUCACACGAGCGGGGCGAACUUUGGAAGAAUCAAGAAAGUUAAUUGAGCAGAGUUUUGGUAAUUAUGUGGGAAGCAAUGUCAUGCUUGCCGCAAAAGAUGAGCUUGCUAGAAUAGAAAAGGAAAUAGAGACACUCACUUCAGAAAUCAGUGACGAAACGAUUGAUAGAAAGAGCAAGAAGAUCUUAACGCCGUCACAAUAUCAGGAGAUUUCUGAACUCCGGGAAGAAUUAAGAGCUGGAAAGCGUCGUCGAACUGAGUUGCGAAGAAAAACGGAGCUGGAAAAAGUGUUGUCGUUGAAACCUUUAUUAAAGGAGCUAGAAGAUGGACACCUUCCAUUCAUUUCUUUGCAGUAUACCGACAAUGACGGGGUACAACAUUUAGUUGCUGCAGUUUAUUUGGGGAAGGUUGAUACUUUGAAUACUGAAAAGCUUAAAAGUAUGGUGCGGGACAACGAUGCCUUUGCAUUAAAGGCAGCAGUGGGAGAUUUUGAACUUGGUGAUGUUAGAGGUGUUAUGCCGUGUUAUCAUGUGGCUCUUGGUUCAGAUAAUUCUUGGUAUCUUUUCACAGAGAAGUGGAUUAGAACAGUUUACAGAACAGGCUUUCCAAAUACUGCCUUAACUCUUGCUGAUGCUUUGCCUCGUGAAAUUAUGGCUGAGCUUCUUGACAAGACAGAGAUGCAGUGGCAGAAGUUAGCUGUGUCUGAAUUUGGAGGUCUAUGGUGUAUGGAAGGUUCUUUGGAGACAUGGUCGUGGAGUUUAAAUGUGCCAGUCUUGAGUAGUCUAUCUGAAGAUGACGAGGUACCCUGUCUAUCAACUCCAUUUUCGGGGGAUGGGAAGGAGGGAAGAUGGAGAAACAUCAACGUGUCGAAUACGCGAUCUUCCAUCUUACACAGUCGUUUAUUAGUAAAAUAUUUCUUUUUUCCUAGCCAAUAAAUAUUCUUAUAUGGGUUCAUAAGGACCUUAUAUACUGAGAUGUAUUUAGGUAGAUAGAACAUUCUUUGCUGUGUUCAGGACUGGUCACUAUAAAGAGUGAGCAAGAAUAAUACUCUCUUGCUUUAGCAGUGGUAUUGCAGAUCUUGAUGUUCUCUAUUUUGAGAUUUUAUCCACAUAUAGUACUGUGGUUAGAGUUGCAACUGUUAUACACUUUGGGUUGUCUGAAGUUUUACAUCCAAUUAGUUUUUCUUGAUGAAAUGCCAUUGGAUGUAAUGACAGCCUGUGGUUCUUCUUUUGGCUGAACUUUUAAAUGUUAGAACUUAGGACCCCUGAUUAUAUUGUUCCUUGUGUUACUCUCAUCAUUGUUUUUUUAUGUUGAAGUAAGAAACAUUAUAAAGGCAUCUAGGAGAUGCAAGUUAGAAACUACAAAAGUAGUGUACUUGUAAGUUCAUUUACAAGUGUCCUAAGCAAUGACUAAAGAGCUUACAAAGUCCAAAGUUUGACAUGAGAGUCAACGGGGAGUAAGCUAUCCCAGCUACAUAAAGAUAAAAGACAGAUGGCCUUAAGCUGUGGGAUUGGAGUUGAUUUUCCAUCAAAGCACCUUUUGUUUCUCUCCUUCCACGCGCACCAAAACAAGUUGAGAUCAUUCUCCAAACUUGCCUGAUGGAUUUAUCAACUUUCCAAGAGCUCCAGCUAAUGUAGGCAUCCCUUAAACUAACAGGCAUGACCCAACUGAGACCAAAAUAGCAAAAAAUAAGUUCCAGAAAUCAGCAGCCAUGGGACAAUGAAAGAAUAGAUGUUAGUCUCAUAAGCUUGCUGCCUCAUGAAGCAUCUAUUGAUGGAUACAGUGGUGGACCAGUGUGAUCGCACUCCAUGUUUAGCAGAAACCACUUCUUUCCAGAGAGCAUCAUCUUCGAUAUUGACAUAGAUAGUUGUUUCAUGAGCAGGGACUUCUUGUGGCCUGCAAGGUUCCCCUGAUACCUAAUCCUCCAAGGUAUUUUGGAAGAGUGAGUGCAGGCCAUUUUACUAGAUGGAAUUUGUUAGUUUUGUGGUUUCUUUCCCAUAGAUAGUCUCUCCUUAACUUAUCAAUUUGUAACAGUAUCUUGCUUGGGAUAGGGAGAAGGGACAAAAAAUGUGGGUCGGCUGUUAAGGACACUGUCUAUGAUUCCACCCCAUACGUCAGCCGAUUUAUGGCACCAAGAGGCAGACCUAGAUAUUUUGUAGGAAGAGAACCAGUGGAACAACAUAGUAUGCUAGCCAAGGAUUCUAAGUUACGAAUAUGGACUUCAUUAACAUUUAACAGGAUAGUUGAUGCUCUUUUGUAUGUUAAUAUGCAACCCUGAUAAGAUUUUAACAUAUGAAAUCUGAGGUUUAGGUGCAAUACCAGACAUUCCUUUGCUUCACAAAAGAUGAGUGUGUCAUCUACACAACUAAUGGCAGAUGUUUACAAGACCGCCUGGAGCUUUCCCUACGUCCAAACCUUUUAUCCAGUUAAGCUUUUUGGCUUUAGUGAGCAUUCUGCUUAAACCUUCCAUUGCUAGGAUGAAAAGAACGGGGGAGAGAGAGUCCCCUUGGUUAAUUCCUUUUUGAGGGGGAAAAACCAACUGGGUUGGAGUUGAUCAGAACAGAGUAUUUCAUGGUAGAAAUACAGAAAGCUAUCCACUUAAUCCACUUCUCACCAAACCCGAUUUGCCUUAGAAUUAAGAUAAGAUAAUGCCAAUUGAGUUGAUCAGAAGCUUUCUCAAUAUCUAGUUUGCAAAGAAUACCAGAUUUACUCUCGUCAUUAUUUAUUUUACAAGUUCCAGAGGUAAGAACUAGAGACACUAACAUAGACUUGCUGGUCCUGUAGAUCAGCUGCCAUGGAUGAAUGUCACUUAAACCACCGCCGCAAAAGUUUUCCUGUCACAACCCUUGACAUCGUUACUUAAAACUGCGGAUUUAUGCUUAACGUGUAAAUGAUGAUGAGCCAUGCUAGACAUAUGGAUUCCUCGUAAAAUGAACAAGGCAUGUUUAUUUCCUGUCCUUUUUUUUGGACUUUGUAUAUGGACUUUCAGCACACUGUUUGUGCUGUUAUAUAUACCAAAGUUACCAUUCUCCCAAAAAAGGGUUAAAGUAUGAAACUUUUGUAUUGCCAUAUAGCCUGGUAAUGGCAAAUUUGGUUAUGUCAGUAGGUCGUCAGAAUCACUUAUAUGUGUCUCUCUCUUGCACACGUCUACUUACAAAAGCAUAGCAUGUCAUUAAAAACUAGCAUUGCAUGAUAUAGCAUUUGCUUUCUUUUAGGUCUUAAACCGUGUAAGACAUCAAGGUAUUGAGCUUAACUUGUACGCUU